AUGUAAAAAGAUAAAACCUAAGAAUAAUUCUCUUUCUUUAAGACAAAAAGUGAACAUCAGAAAGAUCAAGCAAGCAUUUUUAAUUAGAGCGCAUAGUAAAGUUAAAUAUAAAUAUGUAGUUUUGGAGGAAGUAGUAAAGAGUAAUUACUUGAAUCAAAAGUUGAAUAUCAUCAAACAACUCCGAAAUAGCAUUUAACUUAAUCACUGGAAUCAUUUGGAUGCAUAUUAGCUAGAUAUUUAGGUCUACAAAUGAUUAACAUAUAGAGUUAAUUGGAACAAUCUAUUGAAUAUUUAGAUAGCAAUAUUCAUGAUAUGAAAAUUACUAUUUAUAAUGCUUAAGUAAUAUUUAGUUAGAAAAACUAACAAUAAGAAUUUGAUUUGGCUAGAUAGGAACAAUGCAAUUAAAUCUAAUUAAUCAUUGAUUAAAUAGAAGAUUUGAAUUGCAAAUAAAGGUUAUCUAAACUAUUAGGAAAGAUAGAGGAAGUAAGAUUUACAAGUUAAUAUAAAUUAAAAUCAAUAAGAGCAGAAUUAUUUGAGACAUAAACUAUUUAUUUUUAAGUUAUUGAAAAAGAUCCAAGCAUGAAAGCCUUUAUAGAAUUAGUUAAAAAGGAUUCAAUCAUAAUAGCCUAAUAAAUAUUUCCACAUAUUAUUGUACUGAGUUCUGUUUUUAAGGAAAUUCUUAAAUUAGAUUUAAUACAUUAAAUUUAAUAGAAUGCUUUAAGUUAAUAAUGCAUUGUAAAUUAUAUAUAAUAAUUAAAUAAAAAUCAAGAGAUAUCCUAAUAUUGUUAAUAGAUUUCAGUAAUAUAUCCUCAAAUGAAGGAACAUUUUAAAGAGAUUGAAGAAAUAAGAAAUAAGAAAAGAGAUUCAUUUUAAUAUGAACUUUAAGAGGAAGAUAAGGAAAUUUUAUAACUCUUUUGCGAUAGAUAAAGUAAUUAAGUGCAAUUAUUGCCUGAUGAUUUAUAUUUUCCAGAUUAAAUUUGUGAAUUGAUUUAAUUAACAUGUUUGUUAAUUACAGAAAGAUCAAAAUCAAAAGAGGAUACAUUCAAUAAAACUAUAUAAGUUGAGAUAUAAAGUAUUCUACAUAGUGAAAUGUUUAAAUAAUACUCAUUUAUUUUUGAUCUUAUAGCAGAUACAAUUCAUUCUAGUCAAUUGAGAUUAUUACUUUAUGGAUAUGUAGAAUGUAUUUUAGAUUUUAAAUUUGUCAAAUUUUAUAGCUAUCUUUAAACAGAUCUUAUAACUUUGAAUUAAUUAUCAAAGAGAACAUAAAUUAAAUUUAAUUAGGAAUAAUUAUAAUAAUUGAAAAACAGGGUAUGUAUAACAAGAAGAUAAAAUCUUCAAUAUUAAGAUUUUGCUUAAAUCAUUCAAAAAGCAGGAGAAUUGGAAAUACUUAUAAUUACUGAAUAAUAGGAAGUCAUAGUCGAUGAAAUAAAUGAAUUUGAAAAUUAGAUAUAUGAAAGUUUGCAAAUUAAUGAAUUAAUUAUCUAUAAAGAACCAUAAGCCUUAAAUAUAAGAAUGAAAAAAUUAAGAUUUCUUAUGGAAUUAUUACUUAGGUAUUAUAAAGUGUCAAGUCAGACUUUUUAAAGAUUAUUACUAUAUAAAGAUUAAAUCUAUGAGAAUAAAUAAUAAUCAGUAAUAUAUCAUAAGUAAAAAGUGCUUGUUUCAAAGGAAUAACAUAGUACUAUAUCAAAUCAAAAGAAGAAUUAAAAUUUAAUUGAAAUAUUGAAUUAAAUUUAAAGUGAUGAUGUAUUAGGAACAGAAAAAAAUUACUAUAGACCAAGUAUUUAUAGAAUGUUUAAGGGAUUAAGUAAUUAAUAGGCAAAUUCAACAUCUUUAGAGAAAAUUUUGAUAAAAUUUGAAUAGAAAUAUUAAUAAAAUUAUGCAAACUAAAUAAAGAGUGAUUUUGUNCCUAAUAUUGUUAAUAGAUUUCAGUAAUAUAUCCUCAAAUGA